AAUACAAUAAGCCUAACCGGUCCAUCUUGAGAAGAAAAAAGUAAUGAAACUCCACACUCUAAGUCUUCUCACAGUUCUUCUAAUGGUUUCUGCUUCUACAAAGGAGGAGCAUAGGAUGGGUCGUUAUUGGCCCAUCACAGACAUCGACGAUCCUGAUGUGAUCAAAGCCGCAAAAUUCGCCGUGACCGAGUACAACAAGCAAAGUGGUUUCAAGUUGAAGUUUAAGAAGGUAAUCAAAGGUGAAUCUCAGGAAGUUGCUGGGAUUAACUACAACCUCACACUCUCCGCCGGCAAAGGUUCGGUUUUGAAGAUGUAUGAAGCUGUUGUGUGGGAGAGGGACUGGCUCCACUUCCGAAGCCUCACUUACUUUAAACCUCUACAUUAGGUUAUUAAGUCAAGGGUAAACAGCGAAAAUUAAUGAUUGUUAUUGCUACAAACUUUUGAUUUUAUGUUUUGUAAAUUAGGUUAUUCAACUAAUGUUUAGUUGAUCAAAUGGUGAUUGAUACUGAACUUAAUAGGUCGAAUUACAGUUCAUCUUUACAACUGCGAUUGAGAGGGAGCUGAAAUCACUUGUGAAAACUUGUGAUUGGAUUACUCAUACUUCCUUUUUUUAAUACAUAAUGUAACUUUCAAUUA